CAAAAUUCUCUGUCUUGGUCUCCCGGUCGUAUUGCUCCUUGUAUCCCAGGGACACACUACUGACCAGCAGACACGAUGGUGUACAUUCGCCAGCAUCAACUGCCCAAGCUGCGGGAGUACCGCUAUGCAGGCAUCGAUCUGUCCCUUAUCAGUCGAUAUGUUCUCAAGCCGUUCUAUAAUAACUUUGUGAUCAAGUUCUUUCCCAUGAGCAUGGCUCCUAAUGCCAUCACCCUCACGGGGUUCCUCUUUGUCAUAGUCAACUUCUUCACCAUCCUGUGGUACAACCCGACCCUAGACCAGGAUUGCCCCCCCUGGGUCUAUGCCAGUUGCGCCCUCGGGUUGUUCCUCUAUCAGACGUUUGACGGCGUAGACGGCAUCCAAGCGCGGAGAACCAAGCAGAGCGGUCCUCUGGGUGAGCUGUUUGAUCACAGCGUCGAUGCAUGCAACACGGCUUUGGGGGUCCUGAUCUUCGCCGCGGCGAUGAAUCUCGGCCAGUCAUGGGCCACUCUGUUGACCCUGUUCGGAUCGACCAUGACCUUCUAUAUUCAGACUUGGGACGAGUAUUACACGCAGGUGCUGACCCUGGGAAUCAUUUCGGGCCCGGUGGAGGGCGUCCUGACCAUCUGUGUCGUUUUUGCGUUUACUGCCUAUGUGGGUGGCGGGAGUUUCUGGCACCAACCCAUGCUUCAGACCAUUGGCGUACCUAAGUUGGGCUUCCUCCCGGAGAACAUCUACAACAUGGCCUUUACGCAGUGGUACCUGGUCUACGGUGCCGUCCUCCUGUUCUUCGCCAUCGGCUCCAGCAUUGUGCACGUCCUGCAGAUCCGCCGCGAGCGGAAGCAGGAUGCCAUCACGCCCCUGCUGGGCCUGGUCCCCCUUGUCGCCGUGUGGACGCUUGUGCCGGCCUACCUCUACCUGCAGCCGACCAUCCUGGAGAACUACAUGGUUCCGUUCUGCCUGUACGUGGGCCUGAUCAAUGCGUACGCCGUGGGCCGGAUGAUCUGCGCACACCUGGUCAAGGCCAGCUUCCCUUACUUCAACAUGCUUCUGGUUCCGCUUGCGUUGGCCGUGGUCGACAGCGCCGGGGCGUACUUCGGAUACUGGGCGAGCGUGCUGGGCGACGGAGCCGGCCAGGUGGCCUUCAUGUGGACGUGUUUGGGUCUGUCGGUCGGUAUCUAUGGCAGCUUCGUGCAUGACAUCAUCACGACGAUAUGCGACUACAUCGACAUUUGGUGCUUGACCAUCAAGCACCCGCACGUGGAGGUGGAAGUGGUGAUCACGAACGGAGACGCGAAGAAGUCGAAUUAAUGAGAUGACGUGGAAGUUGUGGUGUGCCAUUUAAGUGGUGUUGCAUUAUGCGGAGAGGGCCCGAGCCGCAAUAAAAGGGUGGGUUAAUUGGAUGGAGUAGUUCAAUUUCGGGGCUAUAGCAGACGCAGGGGCGAUGUCACAAGUAGUCCGGUGUCUGAAUGGCAGGCACAUGUCACCGGGCCAACCUGUGUUAUGUGCGAAUCUAGACAGCGCAGUAUUGGAUUAGC